AUGUCCGACUUCUCAGUAGCCAAAAACCUCGAGGUUUCGCUCUCGCGGGCGCCCGCCACAUCCACCCCAAGCCUCUGGGUCUCCGUCAAGAACACACACCCGUCGACACCGGUGACCCUGCUGAAGUGGGACUCCCCGCUGGACCCCCUCGCGCUGCAGCUGGGGCUCGUCUCCGUGACGCCCGCGGGCGCGCCGGCCCCGAUCGACAUGCCGACCAUCAAGGUCAGCCGCGGAAUGGCCCCCGGCCCCGGCUCGCUGGUGACGCUGCGGCCCGGCGAGUCCGCGAGCAGCGUCGUCGAGCUGCGAGACAUGUUCGUGCCCAAGGUCACAUGGGCCCAGGGAAAGGCAAGGUUACGAGAGUUCUUUGAGAAGGACACUCCCCCAUAUGCGAUCCUCUCGCACAGAUGGGGCGAGGAGGAGAUUCUCUAUCAGGACAUGAUCCCGUCUGCCGUGCAGUUCGUGACGCAGAAUAAAUAUGGAUAUGCCAAAUUGCUCGGAUCGUGCAGUCUUGCACAUAGGCAAGGGUACAAAUGGAUCUGGAUAGACACUUGCUGCAUCGAUAAGUCCAGCAGUGCGGAGCUCACAGAGGCCAUCAACUCCAUGUACCAAUGGUACGGGGCCGCGCAGGUAUGCUACGCGUACCUCAACGACGUGAAAUCUCUCGAUACCUUCACCGAGAGCAAGUGGUUCUCCCGGGGCUGGACUCUGCAGGAGCUUAUUGCUCCUGAAAUUGUCGAGUUCUACUCUGCAAGAUGGGAGUACCUCGGCACCAAACGAUCGCUUGUGCGUCCCAUAGCGGCAAAGUCUGGAGUGGACGUGCAGGUCCUCAUGGGCGGUGAUCCCUUGGAGAUGAGUGUCGCGCGCCGUAUGUACUGGGCUUCAAGCAGGGUUACAACGCGAGUCGAGGAUGAGGCAUAUUGUCUCCUGGGAUUGUUCGGUGUCAACAUGCCACUCAUCUACGGCGAGGGUAGGAAGGCUUUCCGGAGGCUUCAAGAGGAGAUCAUCCGCUCGAGCGACGACCAGUCUAUCCUGGCAUGGUAUGCGACGGAGGAGUCUGACGGGACUCCUGUCGAUUUCCUGGCGUCUCGAGCGGCAGACUUCUUAGAGUCCGGAGAUAUUGCCGCCCAUCCCUAUCACGAGACGAAACGGCCUCGACUGAGGACGGACAACUCUUCGGCGAGGUCAACGCGAUCCUCGAUUGCCAAAUCGGAAGCAUUCCUGGAACCUUUCCGAUCAUCAGAUUAA